UACAUUUUUUUAAUGUCUUGUCCUCGACCACUAUAUAUACCGGAAAAGGAAAGACGCUCUCCUUCGCUUGGGUUCCCAAUCCUUCCCCCCCCCCUCCCCCUCUCUCCGGAUCGGAUCCGAAGACUGAGAGAAGAAUGGGUCGUGGAGUCAGCAGUGGAGGCGGCCAGAGUUCUUUGGGCUACCUGUUUGGGAGUGGUGAGGCUCCCAAACCUGCUGCUGAGCCAGUUCAGAAGCCAGCUCCUCCACCACCAGUUGACAACAGCAAGCAGGUUCCUGCGGGGAUCCAAGGGACCCAAGCAAACAACUACUUCCGAGCAGAUGGGCAGAACAGUGGCAAUUUCAUUACGGAUCGACCUUCAACAAAGGUGCAUUCUGCUCCUGGUGGUGGUUCUUCCCUUGGCUACCUCUUUGGUGGGGGUCCCAACUGAUGGUAUUCUUGCUGUUUACAACAGCGAGAAUGUCAGAAAAUGUUAUUGCCAUUGAGCAGUUGUUCCAAAAGGACAAUAUUUGCAAAUCGUAGUUGGUAAAAACUCUGAUGAUGUAUCAUAUAGCUUCAUGUGGGAAAUGUUUUUGGUGGGGGCUUUGCUUGACCAAAGUGACUGGUUCUGAGACCAGAAACAUUGCUAUUAGUCUGUCCUUUCGACGAAUGUUUCCCUAAUUCAGCUUCCAUAUUGUUAGAACUUUGUGUCUGUUUUGUUUAUGUUUUUUUUUUGUGUUUAAUACAUGUAAUGAAUCAUUGUGAAAUGGCUGAUGAUAUGGAUGCUUCAUAUGUCGUGGACCGUGAGAGAUCACCCUAAGGACUCGACAGGUGGAUCAUUCAUUUUCUGUGUAA